UUGAGCAAGCAAGUGUCCUCUGCAAGAGGUUGAAACAGGGCAGGGUAAAAAAGACCCAGCAGGCUGUGCUUUUAAAAGACCCGAGGAGACUAUAAAAGUGGUUUCAUGCCCGCUGCAGUAAAGGCUCGGCUCGAUAUGCGCACAGACAGACGGAGGUAGGCAGAGCAGAUAGAGAAAGGGGGACAACACACACUCCACAACACCCACACACGCAGUAUUCAAGCUUUAUUUUCAAAUGUCGCCUCUCUGUCAUAGGUAGAGACUAUCGAGAAGAGGGAGUUUAUAGGGCAGCAAUUUCCUUUAGUUCUCUUAGGAUUUUAAGACAGGUUUUACACAUAAACGAGUGGCAUCGUAGUCUACAGAAGUGCACGUUUGCUAGGAUGCGCGUCUUGUCCAGCCGGCCCUGUGCUGUUUGACACAUUUCCCCUAACGAGCUGGAUUCACUAACCGGUCUAUUUUCUUAUCGGGGGAAGUUGGGCUCAUUUAAACUUUUCUGGCCGUACUUUUGAUGCCACGGAAAUGGGACCGCGCCAACGGGAGAGCGUGUCCGCGCUUUGUAGAAAAAGUUUGCUUUGGACUGUGCUGAUACUCUGGCUGACCACGUUUGUUGACGGGACCUGGAAGACGGGACUUUACAAAACCUACUCAGUCGGGACGCAGGCAGCAGCCUCUCACACCUCCGUCUAUCAGAAAAGGAACUGGUGUCCUCAUACGGUCACUAAGACAGUGACUUGCCAGGUGCAGAAUGGGACGGUCCUGCAGCGGGUCUACCAGACGUGCCGCUGGCCACAGGGAUGUACAGGAGGCAGCUACAGGACUGUGGUCAGACCUUCCUAUAAAAUGGUGUAUCGCACUGUGACCUCUCUGGAGUGGAAAUGCUGUCCAGGAUUCAGCGGCGCUACCUGUGAAGAAGAUGCAGGGAACCAGCUUGUAGCUCAAGAGGCAGUGAGGAAAUCAUCCACGCUUCGCCGCCCGCCCACACGCACAGGAGAGCCAAUCUCUAAUUGUCUCAACUGCAGUCGAAUCACAGCUUUGACUGACCGGCUGAGCUCACUGGAAGCGAAGGUCCAAUUACUUACUGUCCCAGCCUCCAUAUCACAUCGCCACCUUCAGGGUAAAGGAGCAACUGCACCAGAGGCCUCAUUACUGAUGGGGGCUGUGCCCACUCAGGGAGCUCCUGGUGAGCAGGGACCUGCAGGUCCUCAGGGUGAAAAGGGGAGAGAUGGCCUUCCUGGCAAAGAAGGGAAGCCAGGGUCUCGAGGGCUGCCAGGUCCCAGUGGGCCUCGGGGGGAGGCCGGGACAAGGGGCCCAUCUGGAAGCCCUGGUUUGAAGGGAUCCUCGGGACCUGCAGGCCCCCGUGGUCCUCCAGGCCUUCCCGGAGAGAGGGGUCUACCAGGCCCGCCUGGCCCUCCAGGGCCUCCAGCUCCAGCCAGUGCCCACAUCCCAGAACCAGACCACAGUCGUGGAAAAGACCCCUUUUUCAGCAACACUUUCCAUGACUCACGAGGGUUGCCUGUUCCAGGACCUCAGGGUCCCCCUGGGCCUAUCGGUCCACCAGGUCCCAAAGGCCCAGUAGGACCUCCUGGCCCAUCAGGACAGAAUGGGAAAUCUGGAGCCCCUGGAACGCAGGGCCCUGUGGGGCCAAAGGGAGAACGUGGGGAGAGGGGUCCUUUAGGUUACCCAGGAGAGAGGGGCUUCAGAGGCGAGCCGGGAUCAGCGGGUCCCAAGGGAGAGCCAGGAGAGAAGGGCUUGCCGAGCAAUCUAAAUGGGGACGGAAUACAUCAGAUCAGAGAGGCGCUGAAGAUCUUAGCCGAGAGGGUUUUAAUCCUUGAGACUAUGAUCGGUAUUCAUGAGCCUGAUCUAGGGUCUGGGGAUGGACCGUUUGGCACAGCCUCCCCUAGUUUCUACAGAGAUAAGCGAGCAGGUGCGCUUCCAUAUCGACUUGCUUCUCCUCUGUCCUCCAACACCAAGGUUCGAGGGAAGUAGCUCCCCCGCUCACCCUGAGGAUCACAGGCUGGGUUGACUCCCCCUCCUAUAGGUCUCAUCGGCACUCAACAGCUUUAGACCUUAUCUGAUACGCUCUCUGGGCUUUACCGUAAGAUUUAGGAUGGGGAACACCUCAGGGAAACUCCACUGAUACUCCACAAUGCCCUCCAUCUGGAACCUGAGAACUAGUUUGACCCCCCACCCAUCGCCAUAACCAAACAUUUAUCUUUACAUAACACACCCAGCAGCUCCUUCUGUGUCUCAUUUCUUUGGCUACAGAAGUAAAGCCUCAGAAUAAAGAUGUUUACUAUUU